AACAUACCUUUUUCAGGGGCCGAACUGAACUCGUCGUUGCAUCCAGACGUGCUGGCAAUAGAUCCAUCUUUAAGCAUACCCGAAAAUGUACCGCUAACUGAUUGUGACUUAUUCAAUUUAACGUUUACGAAUAUUGCCGAUGAACGAUUAUUCGAACACUACAAAGGAAGUGUGCGAUGCAGGUGCCCACUAUCGAGGAGUGGUACAUCGUGUGAAACCGACCUUCACGAGAACUCGCUGAAAUUAUCUCGAAACGAUAAGAGUGAUCAACAUUCAUCUGGCACGAUUACUCUAAUCUUUCUUUCGUUUGCAUUCACCCUACUCACUAUUAGAGUUUUUCUUUCAGUUAGUAAGAAACUGCAAAUGAUUUUCUUUAUCAGAGCGUAG